AAGCCAGCGUCAUAUAUGAGUCAGCCGAGCUGUUGAAUGCGUUAGUCUACGUGUGACAGCGGUUGUAGUUACGUUAGUGGUGUUCAUAAGUGCUCAACUCUGCGCCUUAUCAUGGGAUGUGGAAUUACGACAGUUAAAUACCUUCUGUUCAUAUUCAACUUGAUAUUUGCGCUAUGUGGUCUGGCCAUCCUGAUAGCUGGCGCACUGUCUUAUGCGAACAUCGACAAAAUUGACAAACAUCUGCAAGAUGUGAAUAUUUCUGGGUCCCCCAUAGCUCUGAUCGUCGUCGGGUCCAUCGUCUUCGUGGUCGCUUUCUAUGGCUGCUGCGGUGCCAUUAGGGAAAGCCACUGCAUGGUUAUCACGUUUGCGGUGUUCCUGCUGGUGAUCCUGAUCGCAGAGAUAGCCAUUGGAAUAGUGGCUUUCGUGAACAGGGACGGUUGGGAUAACGCAGUCAAUGAUAGCCUCUCCAAAAUCUUCAGUCAAUAUGACACGAACGGCACGAUCGCUGAAGACAUCAACGAUUUGCAGAGAACACUUGAAUGCUGUGGCCUUGAAGGACCAGGUUCCUGGGAAGGCAGAACUCCUAUACCGGUAGGUUGCUGUGUAACUGCAGAGGGAAGGUGCGAGGUGUACAGCGACUCGAAUCAGGUCUUUCAGGACGGAUGCGAGAAGAAGCUGAAGGAAUUUAUUGAUGGCAUCGGUCUGCUGCUAGGGGCGCUGGCUAUCGCAGUUGGGGUAGUGGAGAUUACUGGCGUUGUAUUUGCCCUGUGCUUGGCCAGUUCCAUCAAGAACUUAGAAAGAAGAGGCUGAUAAUAUCCUGGACCAUGAUGGAGGAGAAUAACAAGAGGAAUCAUAAAAUAUGACAGCUAUGAACAAACUGCAAGGUACAAAUGGACAUAAUGAAGUGAUCUCUAAAUGACUGCAAUUGUGAAUACUUUCUGUAAUUUAGUUCACAGAACUUUAUUACUGUUUCUUGUGUAGAUUAUGGGCAUUAAGCGUUAACUCCAUAUUAUAAUUCAUGAUUCAUAAGCAAGUUUUAAUGACACAGUCAUCAAAAUACAGACUGAAUUAUGUUAAGAGGAGAUGAAAGUUGAGUUUGAAAGUAUAUAGUUUAAAUCUUGCAUAGGAACAGCUUAUUUUAAAUAAUUUUUAUUUUUUAAAAAUAUUUUAAGUUUUAUAACCCAUAGAGUUCAGAGUUUCACUGCAUUACAUUUCCUUUAGUAGGGACUGUGUAAGAAUGUUUUCUUCCCAAAUGUUUGUUCUGGAAAUAAGGUCCAGCAGUCACUGGCCAUUAUAUGUUACUGAACAUGGGAACAAUUAAAUUAUCAUAUUUACUGCAGUUAAAAGAAUGUUAAUGGUAAUUAUAUUCUGUUAAAAUUAUUUGUAGGCUUGUAACAUUCCUCUUAUUUUUUAAUUACUAUUUGAUUUUGACGCAAAGGUUUUGAAGAUGUAUUCACUCAGUGUACUGUAAGUUUACCCACCGUUUUGCCGUAACUUAUCACAUAGUUUAUACCAUUAUAUUUACAUGCAGGAGACCCAGUGUGUUGUCAUUUUCUUCACCUUAUCUAAAUGCAGCUGCUGCUGUUCUAUUCAGCAUAUAUUUCACUUUCUUUCAUCCGUUCACUCAUUCUUACAUUCAUGCCUAAUGGUUUUCAUUUUGCACAGUCUUAAUCAUAAGCUCAAUGCUUUCAAAAUUAGGCCAAUAUAAUGCUAUAGAAUUAUAUUAUUGGAAGCCUGUAGUUGUUUUAAUAUAAAAUUGUGUGGACAAUUAAGUACACAUAUUAAUUUUUAAAAUGAGGUCUUUAUGGCUGUUGUGUGAAUUUCAAGAAAUAUCUGAUGGUAUUUAUGAACGUUAUUUGAAAACCUAAUUCGAAUAAAGAAAUUGAGAAACAA